CGCUUUCUUCCCGGCGACGUCUCCUCCUCCUCCUCCUCCUCCACCCUAAAAUCCCCAAUUCCGACCAAACCCUAGCCCCAAAUCCCCACCCCAACGCUUCCUUCGCCGCGAAGUAUAUCCCCUCCCUCCCCUGCUCCCGCCCCCGAAUCGGAUCUCGCGGGAGUUGUGUGGAUGAGACGGCGGAGAUGACGGUCAUGGAGCUCAAGAAGCUGCCGCUCGGGUUCCGCUUCCACCCCACCGACGAGGAGCUCGUCAGGCACUACCUCAAGGGGAAGAUCACGGGCCAGAUCAGGGCCGAGGCCGAGGUCAUCCCGGAGAUCGACGUCUGCAAGUGCGAGCCCUGGGAUCUCCCUGAUAAGUCUCUGAUUCGAUCGGAUGAUCCGGAGUGGUUCUUCUUCGCGCCCAAGGACCGCAAGUAUCCCAAUGGGAGCAGGUCGAACAGGGCGACGGAGGCCGGGUACUGGAAGGCCACCGGGAAGGACAGGGUGAUCAGGUCCAAGGGCGAUAAGAAGAAGCAGCAAGUGAUUGGCAUGAAGAAGACGCUUGUGUUCCACCGCGGACGCGCCCCCAAGGGCGAGCGGACUGGGUGGAUCAUGCACGAGUACCGCACCACCGAGCCGGAGUUCGAGUCCGGCGAGCAGGGAGGUUAUGUUCUUUACCGCUUGUUCCGGAAGCAAGAGGAGAAAAUCGAGCGACCCAGCCCGGAUGAAAUGGAUAGAAGUGGCUACUCACCCACUCCUUCUCGUUCCACUCCCGAUAAUAUUGAACCAAAUGAAGAAGGAAAUACACCAUUAAACAAGGAAUCUCCAGAAAGCCCAAUCGAUUUGCCUGCUCUAGCUGAGACUCCAGCUGCACCGAUUACAAGGUGGCUUGCAGACAGAACUGAUAACGUGAUGAGAAAUGAAGCAAACAUUUCUCACAUGCCUCUCCAUGGUCUUGAUGAGGAAAUUAAGGCUAGCCCUUCAGUUGGUGCUUUGGUUCAUCCAAAUUGUUCACAACAGAGCAUCCACCAUAACGAUGAAUUAACCACAGUUUCUGCACCACCCAUGCCACAACCUGAAGACUUUUGCAAUUUCCCUCUAGGAUCCCUUGGCAAUUUUGAUGGCAAUAUGACACCUCAAGAUACGCUGGACGAGUUUUUGAAUCGAACCCUUGCUGAUCCAGAUGAGCAUUCAUCAACAACAUCAAAGGCUCAGUAUGAUUCAGACACUGGAAUUUUACCAAUUGACUUUGAGAACCCUGGGUUGAUGCAGGGCGAGUUAAUGGAUGAUCUGAGCGGGUUGGAAAAUUUAAAUUUCUGGCCAGAAGACCCACCUCCUCAGAUGAGUGCACUGUAUGAGGACACACCAUUGCUUCCUUAUGAUACCACCGAUCAGGAUGUGCUCUCCAUGGACUCAGGUGCUGAAUCCUUGCAAGAUCUAUUCAACAGCAUGGAUGAUUCAAAUGUGAGGAACAAUGUUUGGAUCAACGAACCUGACCUCUCAGGGACUGGAUUUCCCAUGUAUUGGCCAUCACAGUCAAAUGACUUAUUUGCAAAACAAGGCACUGCAAAUAGGAGGUUAAAGCUACAGGAAUCAUUAUGCCCUGAUUUUGAGUGUGAAGAUGAAGAAUCUGGUAUUGUUGUAACUUCGAAGUAUGCGAAUGAAGCUACAGGGGAGUCAACUGCAGAAAAGGAUAUGCCUUCCGAUGGAGAUGAUGCUGAGUCAACAGGUAUUACUAUCUUAAGGCGACGUAAUGUUACAGCUGCAAUCUUGCCUUCUGAUGAAGAGGAUACCGAGUCAACUGGUAUCACUAUCCUAAGACGACGCCAAACUCCAACUGCAAGCUCAGGUGGUUCAUUUACUCAAGAGGGUGCUGCAGUGCGAAGGGUGCGGCUACAAUCUGACUUUAAUGCAGCACCGUGUUCUAGCGUUGAUGCUUCAUCAAGUUGCAUCAUAGAUGAAAGUGGAAGUGAAUGCACCAUGGAGAAAGCUGAGAUUGAAGAGAAUGCAGGGACUACCUUGGCUGAAGAUGAUGAACUUUCCGGGAUUUGCCAUGAGGAUGAGAAGGAAAUGCCUGCGCAUGAUGCUUCAGUGGCUGUUGCAGAGGCUGAAUCUGUUCUGAGGCUGCGGAAGACAGCAGAGGGAAGCGACAAGGAGAACAAGCAAGAUGAUGGUGCUCUUGAUUCACAUGUGAGAGCACCACCAGUGAACAAGAGGGAGUUCCCAGCUUACAUCAUUUGGCUGGUUCUCUCUGUGGCUCUGGUCCUGCUUAUCUCUGUUGGGGUUUAUGGAUGGGUAUAACAGCCGCUCCCUCUGAUGGAAUUCAAGAUGACCAUGCUUACCGGCACAUUAACCUGCUGUGCUGACAUGUACAUAAUGUGGCUUAUGCCCUUGUGUUUAGGCGGUUGCUAGACACCCUGGAGUGUUUGUUCCCCUUCCAGUGGCUGCGGCAGAAGAAAAUCCGAAAACCGAAAAAAAAGAGAGGUGAAAACCAACCAAAAAAAAGAGAGGUAGUAAUGGAUGAGAAGUGUUGUUGUAGAUUUCUGCGACUUAGGUACAUGCUAGUAUUUCUUCCUGCUGUUACUGCAGAUGUUAGUAACAACCUACCCUAGCUGUUCAGCAGUAGUAAAGUCAGAUUAGUAGUACGGGCAUGGUUACUUUUGUCUUUCUGUUAUGUUGUUUUGUAGCAAGAACCUGCUUAAUCUGAUGCAAUUUCCUUUUCAGUAAA